AUUAGCUGCGAGGAAACUGGCGCCGAGGACAAGUCUACUACUCUGCCAUGGUGGACUGCUAGAAUACAUAAUUUUUCUAACUUUCCCUUUGCCGGUUUGCAGGGGUAAGUAUUUGUGUGUAUUUACAAAAAAGGGUUACACGAUGAGAUGUAUUAUUCUUCUGUUAAGAAAUGGUAGCAUCAUGCAUUGAUGCCAGUUUUUGUCUCAAGUGCAAGCUUGUUGUUUUGAAUUGCAAGAAUGCAAGAAUUUUAAUAGGAAAUGUAGUGAUAAACUCCCAAUCAACCAAACGUGCAUAUGGCCCAUCUCGGUUGGGUAGAAUGAAAACUCAAUUUCUUUUCCAAUGGUUGUUUUUUCUUGUAGAACUCUUGACGGUCUUACUAUUUUCUGUGAAGAUUGAACCUAGCGCCUUGAAGUUGCAACGAUUAGAUAGUUGGGCUUUUUACAACCGGAAUUUCCAUCGUCAUCAGCCAUCUUGUCCUUGCUUUGGAGCCGUAAAACUGCAAUUUUCUCUUAUAAAAGAGAAAGAUUUUGCAUCUCAACAACGUUUACAGGUAAGUUGGUAAGACAUUCACUCUGUACAGGCCUUUAAGUUUGUUUUGAUUAAGUACAGUUUAUAACGUGCAUGUAGUGGUACUUUUCGUUUAAAAGUUGAUUUCAUUAACACAUAUGAGUAACCUUUGUUGAGAUCUUUAAAUGAGAUAGAGAUAGACAUGGAGGAAUAUUGUAAAAGCAUUUUUGUGUUUUCUCAUCCUAACACUAUGUCUUCAUCAGAAAUACAUUUUGGGACACUUCCUAUUACUGUCCAUUGUUUCUUUUGUCUCCAUAUGAAUUACAAGAUUAUAGAUUCAACUCCAAAAAAGGCACAUGAAACAUUUUAUCUGGAAGUUGGUAUUGCUUGAGAUCUCAUACCUAGUAAACAUAUCUGCACUCUCCAGUAUUAUGGUAUAAUCUAUCCAGCAGAAAAACACCAAAAUCCUACAAAUUCUACUACUUUAUUCAAUGACGAGUAAUAUUCUUAAUAAGGAGUGACUCCUAAAGGCAGUACAACACAUGCUCAAUAAACUUACUUGAGCCCACUACUGUCUGUAUAUCAGCUCACUAUUGAGCCAAACUCACAGUUUCCUCCAAUGUUUCUUGAAAUUAGCAAUCUUCUGCUGUAGCUUUCUCUCACUGUAUAGCUUUCUAAACAGUCGAUCACCCCUGACAACAACAACUACUACUACUACUACAUAACUUAGUCCUUAUAUACAUUCAAAAAAGUGUUCUGGAACAUUCCAGAAGCUUACAAAAGACUUAUUUUAGUAGUAUUACAUAAUAACUUGAUGGAAUGUUCCAGAAAGUUCUAUGGUAUGCAUGUCAGCAUGACUAAGAAGUCUGGAGAUUUCUAGAAGUUUAUAUUUAAAACAACAAUUACUCAUAACACCAACAUGUCAUCUAUUAGUAAAAGUUUUAAGAUUUGAGACUGAAUGUACCUUGGAGCACAUGGCAGCAUUUUUAGUUUCAGACAGUGAUAUUUUACCCAUGAGUUGAAAGGGGAAGAAUCAAAAAAGAUACAUGACUGUAAAUAUGUAAUAACCAUAUAUGUGCACUGCAGUUAAAGAAAUGAAUAUAGAAGUAAUCCUCAUAGUUAUGAAUACUACUGGGCUGGGUUGUUCAAAGCUGGGUUAAGAUAACCCAGGAUUAGUGUGAAAUGUGAUUUCAGAUCUGAUAGCUUUAAAAGAAAAUUCAGUAGAAUUAUUUUUGUCUAGACUAUGACUCUUUGAUGCUCUAAAAAGAAUAUAGGACAUUAUCCCAAAAAGGCUUUUGAAUAAAGGAAUAAAGAAACCCAGAUUAAAAUUUAAACUGUGGGUUAGCGCUAAUCAGCCUCUGAACAACUGGACCCAGAACUAGUAGUGAAAAAUAGGGCCUGAAAAAGAUUCAGGCCUGUAUGGAAUUUGAACCCAUGACCUCUGUGAUACCGGUGAAGUGCUCUACCAACUGAGCUAGUGAGCCAACUGGGAGCUGGUCAUUAUGUUGAUCCUAAAUAAACCCUCCAAGUGAUGAAUACAUGACUGUAAAUGUAUGAAAAUCAUCGAAUUAUAAAGUGAACAGUGUUCUUCUGUUUAUAUAUUCUACAAAAAUGAACUGUGCAGUUUUAAAGAAAGUGUAUAUAUAUAUAUAUCAUAUUUGUUAAUUUAACUGCAGACUGGUGCUGCACAUGUAAUUUAAAUAAAUGUUAAUAUAGAUAUUUUAGGAGCCACAAACUCAUAAAAUAUACUAACAGUCAUGUAUUCAUGACUGUCUGACAUUCGUGUAUAUAUAUAUAUAAUUUCUUUAAGGUAACUAAAAAUCAAACUGUAAUAGGUAACUAAAAAUCAAACCGGUAUGAACCUUUUAAACCAACCUAGAAAAAAAAUUUGAUCAUUAAUAGAUCUAUAUUUUGUGAAUAGAAUUUACAUUCACUCCUGCAGUAGCAGGUGAUAGCCGCUGUUUGACUCCUUUGCAGACAUAGAUAUGAGGCAGUUUGUACUGGGAAUGAUAGGAAAACCUUGUCUUUUGUCAGGGAAAAAUUUUAUUUGCCUCGUUCACAACCGACGCUUGAGCAAGCAGUUUCAUUACGGAGUCACACCCAUUGAAAAGCAUUGCCUGGGAAAAGUGGGGUACCCAUGAUGCUUUGCAGGUGUAAUGACCUGGGAAUGAGGUUGCAAAAGCUCACCACCAGCUUUGGUCUCUUAAGAUCUGAAUUGACGAAUUCCCAAAUGGGAGUUGUAAAAUUUUGCUUUGUGUCCAUUUAGAGACAAUGGAGAUACAAUUGGAGCAAUUAGUGUUGUUUGAAAAUGAUGAAAUGCUUGAUUGGGAAUUUACUAUGUCUACUUAAGCUUUUCGAAAAGUAAGUAGACAUUUUAUCCGAAACUGACAGCAAUAAUGGGCUAAAAAGGAAUAUUUCUGUAAUGUUAUUUUGCUUUCAUGGUGAAAUUGAUGGUCAAACCUUGUAAAUCUGCCGCAUUUCAGUCCUAAUACAAAUUAAAAACCCAACAUUUAAAAGGUAAUUUAAUUUUACAUCUGACUGAUUUUUAAACAAUAUAGCCUAAUCAAGAUAACGCUACUAAUUACUUCCAUUCUUCUUCAAUGAAUAGUGCUACAUUUCGGUUGUCUGAGCAAGAAACAAUACAAUAAAUGAUAAAUGUGAAAGAUAGCCACAACUUUUAUGUCGGUGUUUCGAAACCUUGAUUGUUUGUAGCAAUACAACUCUAUUGAAACUUCAGACUGUAUUGUUUUCAUUUUUUUCCAAAUUCUGCGCUUCCAAAUUGGGGGUGCGGCUUAGCUAUGAAUGUGGCUUAUACAUGGACAUUUACAGUACUUGUGAACAUGGUGUACAUGGGGGAUUACAUGAUUGACAGUCAGAUUGACAGGCCUGCAUGACGUUACGCAUGCUCUCUUUCUCUUUUCUAGCUUAUUUGCAUUUUCAGUGCAACAUUUUUCAAUGGGCGCAAUUCUGUAAUGACAAGUAACUAAAUGAGUAGCAUGGAAGUUUGGUAAAUUUUCACAUUGACAUGUAUAUCAGCAUACUGAGUGUUAAAAUUUGAUAAAUGUGGCUUAUUUAUUUGCUCUGGUGAGGCUUUUACUCUUCUUAUAUACAGCCCUCUCAAAUGUGAUGACGUUUUUUAACUGUUUACAGUACUAAUUGCAAGCUCCAGUCAUCAUGGCUGAAAAAGAAGUCAAAACAUUCAGCCACAGCCACAACUUAGAACAGUAUGUUUUGCUGGCCAAGUCAGCCAGAGGAGCUGGAUUAGUAGCCCUUAUAAAUCAGACAUUAGAGGCCCCUGGUGUGUAUGUUUUUGGGGAACUCAUAGAGAUGCCUUCUGUCAAAGCGGUAUGUACUGUUAUGUCAUAUUUGUCUUCAGUUAUUAAGGUGCUAUGAUAAUUGCAACAUAACUAGAUCAGACACAAAACUUCCGACUACACUGCUUGUCUCUGGAGUUAGUAGUAUGGAAAGCAUUGCAACUGAAGUCAAAAUAUUUUCUCUUUGUGUAAUUGGAUGCUUUGCAUUUAAUUUUCUCUUCCAAAAAGUUUGCUUUGGAUUCCUUUAAACUCCCAGUUUUGGAAAUGGGAAACAAGAUUGGAUUCUCUUUUCAUCCUUGAUUUCAAUUGCAGCUAGAAAACUCUGAAAAUUCAUCAUACUGGACUCUCUUGAACAUAUUUGCAUUUGGAACUUAUAGCGACUAUAAAGGUAAGAUUAAGAUUUCUUGCUUUGUUAACAUUUACCAGGCUUCAGUUGAUUUGUGAAAUGCUAACAGUACAUGUGGAUUGAAAGGUUUCCUAGUCCUUCCCAUGAGGUGUUGUGAACAACUGCCUCCCCUUUGUUGUAAACAUAGUUCAUGUGCUGUGGCUAACUAAAAGGCUGUGUCUUUGAGCUGAAAAGAAGUGAUUAAUUAAAAAAAUCAUUGAGGAUUGUUGUCUUUUCUUUUAAGGAGUAGUGCACUGUGAUUUUCAUGUAAAUUCCUUAGUGAUUAGAAAUUGUUUUCUUUAUUUUUUGUUAAGGGUGUGUAUUCACUGUUCCAUUUCAGAAAAAGCCAGUUUAUUGCCAGCUUUAACUGCGACACAGUUAAGGAAGUUACAACAUCUAACCAUAGUGUCCUUAGCAGCUAAAUCAAAGGUACAUACAAUUAAACCUGUAUUAAGUGGCACCGUAUCAAGUGAUCACACCGCACUAAGCGUUCGGUUGUAAAAGUCCCCAAAUUUCUCUCCUUCACUGCUCUAUAUUCCACCUCCAUUAAGGAGUUGUGGUUGCCCCCUGUUUGUAUUGCCUUCCACCUGAAUUGAACAAUAACUUGCAUGUAAAACCACUCAAAUAUAACAAAGAAUAAUUUCUCAUGUCAAAUUUAUUCCACGUUUACCUCCCAAAUUCAGUGUUAGCAUUUUUAGUGCAAAUGUCCUCAAUGCACCUUAGAUUAUCUUUCUCCUUAGGACUGUUAGGACAAAAUGGCAUUCUUUAUUGCAUUUGACCCCUAUUCUGGAGAAACCUGUAUUAAGUUGUGGACCUGCCAUUCCUUGUGGGUAACUGCUUAAUCCAGGUUUGACUGUAUAAUGUAAUUUGUAUGGUUGUUGAUUUAGUCUGCACAUCAUGAAAAAAUUAUAAAUUUGUCUAGUAUGCAAAUUAUGACCGACAUAUUGUUGAGAUAUAUCUGCAUAACAAUAUUUAAUUUUAUGAAGAGUGCCAGAUCUAAAUUGUGAAAUUCCUCUAUAAAACUGAAGGGACAUUUCAAACAACUUAUAUCUUAUCAGUCGACCAUUCAUUUCUUUUGACAUUUAAGACAGUGAAUAAAUUUAAACCAUAACUGUUUAGAAGUGUGAUACUAUUUGCCUUGUAAAAUUUUCUUUUUUCAAAUUUGAUUUUGUAGUUCAUACCAUACAGCUUGUUAUUGCAAGAACUGGAUAUCAAGAAUUUAAGAGAACUAGAGGUACAUACACAUGCCAAUGCUACUAAAGAGUCCUUCUUUUAAAUUUUUUAUAUAAACAACUACUUAGCUCAAUUUUGCUCUGAUUAAAGGGGGUAAGUUUCUAAAGAAACUUUGGUGCUGCAUAGGCGGGAGAGUAUAGCAGGUAAUUUAGUGUUAACAACCGAGUUUAAAACGUAAAUUGGCCACUAUAAAGAAUAAAAAGCUGACAUUUCAAGCGUUAGCCCUUUGUCAUCUAGUGAUUGGAGGAAUUGUGGGUUGUGUGUGGGUUUAUAUGCAGAAAGUGGAGCUACACUAUUGGUGGGAGUAUGGUGACAAGAAAACAAGAAUAAAUUUGUUGAAUGAAAAGUGCUCGUUAAUACUGUGGGGAUUAAGACUGCUGAUUUUCCAGUGACUUCUGAAUUCUCAUUUGGUAUAUUUUUCAACUUUCAGGAUGUAAUUAUUGAUGCUAUUUAUGCUGACAUUAUCCAUGGAAAACUAGACCAGAAAAAUAAACAGGUUGGACUUUGAACUUGUGUUGUGUUCACUUCACUGUGGAACCUGCCCUUUAGUACACUUUUUUCCCCAGAAGAUGUUUCCAUUCAGGGGACACAAAUUUUGAUCCCAACUGGAAAACAGCUCUGACCUGUAACUUGAAAUACAAAUGAAUUAGUUUUUUUUAAUAGGGAACCACUAAGAACCCUUUGAGCCCUGAGAUUGACAUCUAAUUUCUCCUUACAAUAUCACCUCUGAAUCAAACUUUGAAGUUACAAGAAUAAAGGAAAUGAUCACGAACUAAAUAAGCUCUUGAUUUUUAAACAAACUCUCCAUGUCGGCAUCUUAAAAAUUGUAUAGAGAACAGUUUGGAGAUUAUGCAUACUGAUAUUAGGGUGUAAUGGGUUAAGGGGCCUGGAGACACUGUUCCUAGUCUUAAUGGUCCCCUUGGGCAGUUCUAAUACUUAAGAAAUACUACAGAAUUUUUGUUUCUUUUAUCAUGUCAAUCUUUAGCUAGAAGUAGAUUUUGCCAUUGGUAGAGACAUCACUCCAGAAACAGUAAAUCGUGUCACAGAAGUAUUACAAGAUUGGUAAGUUUUGUCAUGGAUCAAAGCAAGUCUAUAGAAUCAUGCUCACAUUUAAACUAUCCACGGCUACUUGUUUUUCUUAACUUAGAGAUGGUAAUGGUAAUGGUAACUUUAUUUAUACACGGUAAAUCCUUCAGCAAAUAUUAUAAAAUGAUACAAGAUCAACUAAGUAUCCCUAACUAAACUAACUAACCUAAACUAUAUACUAAAAGCUGCUUUACAAGGAUGCCGUGUUAAAACUCAUUCAAAACUGUGGUGACUUAUGUUAAGUUUAAAAUCAUGUAAAGAUGUUGCUGCACGAAAGUCACUUAAUAGGCUGUUCCACAACCUGGCUCCGCUGUAAGAGAAACUCUUCUUCAAAUAAUUGGUGCGGGGCUGCGGAAGAGCCAAUUUAUUUUCAGUAUUCCUUAAUCGAUAUGAUGUUUUGUCGUUUCGAAACACAAAUCUAGAACUCGGAUACUCAGGGGGUCAUCCCAUGUAAAGGUUUGUACAUCACAACAGCAGCUGAUUAAAAUCUUUGAUAUUUAAGUUUACGCCAAUCCAGUACCCGGAACAAUUCAUCGAUAUCAGAGUCAUAAUUGGCACACGUUAAAAUACGGGCUGCACGACUUUGGAGCUUCUGGAGCUUUUCGGAGAGACCACUGCCACAGUUUCCCCAGUCAACACUACAAUAAUUAAAAUAUGGCUGAACUAGGCUAUCAUAUACGUAGAUUUACAACUACAGUUUAAUUUCACUUUUAACGAGUAACUGAACUAUAUUUCAUGAAAAAAAAAAAAAAUGAUGUGAUCACAUUACUUAAAGUGAAAAAUGACCUUCUAAAAUUUCCCUCGCUUCUCGCAUUUGGCUCCAUAGCUCAGUUGUUAGUAGUGCUCAACUAACAUCUUGGAGGCGUGGGUUCGAAUCCUGUCACAGCCAGCACUUUUACAGCCUUCUUUUCUGCAAUCGCUUAAAUUGUACUCUAUUUGCAAGGAGUAUUCCUUUGCUUGAUUGUUUAAAAUUUGUUCUCUUUUUUCUUUCUAUUGUUUUGAAUUUAAAGAAAAGAGAAAGAAAUGAGACUAAGUGAGAUUCGCGCUCAUCACAUUUGCAAUUAACGUACUGCGGUUAUUAUAUUCAAUGGGCCCAUUGCUAAUCUGCUGGUGUAUGGUCUCUAAGCAGGAUUUGUGCUUCAGUGUUGGGUGUGUAAAAAAGAGGAACCAUUGUCGUGUUCUUAAAUUUUCAAUCAAUAAAUCUUUUGGUCUAUAAUCACGCCAAAUCAAGCCACUUUUGCUGACUGUUUUUUCUCUUUAUUACAGGUGUGACGGCUGUGAAUCAGUUCUUCGUAGCAUAGAGAAACAAAUAGAGAGGGCAAAUACACACAAAGAAAAAAAACAAAAGCAGAAGAUUCAAGUGGAAGCAGAGGUAGAGAACAGUCUUUUAACCCAUCUUUAGCCACCAUACAUGGUACACCACCUGCAUACCUGCAUGCUAGACUCGUUUAGUAUAGGUGUGACGGAGGGCUAACGCUCUAUCGCUCUGACGAAGAGCCAACACUCGAAACGUCAGCCUUUAAACUCUUUACGGUGGUCAAUUUACGUUUUCAACCCAGUUGUUAACACAAAAUUACUUGUUAUACUCUCCCACCGACGCAGCACCACAGUUUCUUUAAAAAGUUACCACCUUAAUUCGUUUAGUAUAGGAUUAAUUCAACGAGAACCUAGGGAAGAUUUAAUACUCGGAAUCGUUACAGUCUGAAGUUUUAGAAUAGGUGGAUGAGUCUCAUUCGUUUAGUUCAUUCAUUCAGCUAUCAGUCAGUCAUUCUUUCGUUCGUUCAUUCCUCCAUUUUUCCAUUUUUCUCUCAUACUUUCAUUUCUUCAUUCGUUUUUCCAUCCAUUUAUUCAUCACUAAGUUUAACAUCAAUUUCUCAUGACUGCUUUUUAUCUCCAGGUCGAAAAUCUGAAAAAGGCAAUAAAGGCAUCUUCACAGUCAGACAUGGAUAAUGGUGGCGUAUCAGGAAUGCCAGCAAGUUAUCACAGUCAGCAAUAUCAACAGAAAGCUCCAACCACCUCCAAAACUAAAGGGUUGGUCUAUCUUAUUUCGGUUCUCCUUGAUGUCCAAGCGUUGAUUUUUUACAAUACAAACUUCGAUACCUACUUGAUUUGACUCAAAUGAUCAAAUUUGAACUUGAAACUUCGCAUAUUUAGCCCAUGGAAAGUUCGCUGGACCAUUGAACUUCUUAGCAAGUCCACUCGAUCAUUGCUCUACUUAUUCUCAUAUGCAGGUCAAGUGGAAUUUAUGUAGUGAGAAAUUACGAUCAGAAUCCUUCACGGGAAAGAAAGAACCCUCUAAAAUGUGCGGCUUCAUGGCUCAGUCGGUAAUAGCGCCCAACGAGCUUCUGGGAGGCGCGGGUUCAAUCCCGUCGAGGCCUGAUGUUUUUUUUUUUUCAGGCUUUUCUGCAGUU